AGCUGGGAGACGGAGCGAUCGCCUGGCGGACGGACGCGGGCGCUCGGCUUGUGCUCCGGGCCAGCUUCGGCGAGGCUCCGGGCUCGCAGCGCGCGGCUUCCCCGCCCGCUCGCGGCCACCUCGGCUCCGGCGGCCUCGGCGCGCAGAGGGCUGGAGGUGCGGGAGCCGCUCUCCGUCGGUCCGUCCCCGCGCGGCUCAGCCCGGGCCGCCGCGCUGCGGCCCCGAGCGGCGCCCCCGAGCCCCCCGCUCCCCGCCGGGCUGCUCCGAGCGACGGUGCUCCCGGGCUCCAAACUCGGGCUGCCGGGGCAAGUGUCUUCAUGAACCCAGAGGAUGUCCGGAAAGCACUACAAGGGUCCUGAAGUCAGUUGUUGCAUCAAAUAUUUCAUAUUUGGCUUCAAUGUCAUAUUUUGGUUUUUGGGAAUAGCAUUUCUUGGAAUUGGACUGUGGGCGUGGAAUGAAAAGGGGGUUCUGUCCAACAUCUCUUCCAUCACCGACCUUGGCGGCUUUGACCCGGUCUGGCUCUUCCUUGUGGUGGGAGGAGUGAUGUUCAUUCUGGGAUUUGCAGGGUGCAUUGGAGCUCUUCGGGAGAACACCUUCCUUCUCAAGUUCUUUUCUGUGUUCCUGGGAAUUAUUUUCUUCCUGGAGCUCACUGCCGGCGUUCUGGCAUUUGUUUUCAAAGACUGGAUCAAAGACCAGCUGUAUUUCUUUAUAAACAACAACAUCAGAGCAUACAGGGAUGACAUUGACUUGCAAAACCUCAUAGACUUCACCCAGGAAUAUUGGCAGUGCUGUGGGGCUUUUGGAGCUGAUGAUUGGAACCUAAAUAUUUACUUCAAUUGCACAGAUUCCAACGCAAGUCGAGAGCGAUGCGGCGUGCCGUUCUCCUGCUGCACUAAAGACCCCGCGGAAGAUGUCAUCAACACUCAGUGUGGCUAUGAUGCCAGGCAAAAACCAGAAGUUGAUCAGCAGAUUGUAAUCUACACGAAAGGCUGUGUGCCCCAGUUUGAGAAGUGGUUGCAGGACAAUUUAACCAUCGUGGCUGGUAUUUUCAUAGGCAUUGCAUUGCUGCAGAUUUUCGGGAUAUGCCUGGCCCAGAAUUUGGUUAGUGAUAUUGAAGCUGUCAGGGCUAGCUGGUAGAGCCCCUGCAACGGCUGCUGCAAGACACUGGACAGACCCAGCCUCCCUGACCCUCCGGCGUGCCCAGCUGAAUCCACGCUGCACAGACCCUAGUCGCAGAGGCAUCCUGCAAUCCCACCGGAUGGAGCUGCCAAGAACUUGUUGUUUGGGGGGUAAAACUGGGAAAUGCUGCUCACUGACAGAAUUAAAAAAAACAAAAACAAAAACCAGUAUGAAAGUUGUUGCGCCUGAAUCUCUACUGUAGCCAUGAAUUAUGGAUGGUUGGAUACUUACCAAAAAAGAGAAAGGGGAGGGAAGGGGGCCCAGAUGUUCUUGAAUUUGUGGAAAACACAGUCUUGUUCUCUACUUGGGUAACCGGAGGGCUGGAGAGGCAGCUGUGCCCUCCAUCACACCUUGAAGGGUCUGCCUUCUGCUCCAUGGCUAAAGAAGUACAUCUUUUCUAGAAUGCAGCCCCUUAGCUGAGGCUGUGGGGUGUGGGCCUCCCUUCUCUGUACAUUUCAAGGACCCGUCACAACUAUCAUCCCAAGAAGAAAGCAGCUUGUCCUUGGGUUCAGAUUCUGUGGUGGCAUUCAACAAGAAUGGGUGGGCACGUUUGGUGACUCCUGGAGUGUCUCCUCCUAAGAAGUUAUGUUCUCCGUAUGCGCUGAGCAAGGGCGUGGAGCACUUCACGAUGCUGAAUUUUAGCGGGACAGAUCAUUUUUCUAAGUAGGCUUGAGCUUUAUCAGUGAAAUCCGAGGAGAAAAUGAGGUUAAUGAGAGGUAUUAAUUAAAUACCCCUCACCCCACCAAACUAGUUGUUGGACUCGUUGGAAACUCUGGAAUACUCGGGUUUUGUUUUGUCUCCCAAAAGUGAAAGCUAUGAUACAGUUUCUCUUAAAUUUUAAAGUGUUUUCUUACUCAGCUCGAAUGUUACUUUUUUUUUGUAUACUCUCCCUGCAUGACCUGUGAAUCUGAAUCCACCAGCUCCUUUUCCUGCCAUCUUUCCUGCACACAGUUACAAGUGUUAUUUGGUCAGCGUUUGUUUCCUGGGUUCACAGCAUUGUGGCGUGUCCUCCCGGGUGGGGAGGGACCAACUGUGCUGUCGCAGCUGCUUCCAUGGACUCAACAGUCCCUUCAGCGCAUCCUCGUCGUGGCCUCUCCUGCAGCCUCCCCUCUUUCUCUUCAAAUGGAAUUAAACCUGGUUUUGAAACAGUGUUGACACAAUCAAACAGCUUCUCAUGGGUUUUUCCCCUUCUGAUUUUAGUUUGUUUUUAUUAAAAAAAAAAAGAAACGAGUGCAUGGCCCGAGCUCCUUCUGUUCUCCUAGUGCCGGCCCACCAUCAGGAUGCUAACAAAGCACAAGUACCCUGGAGGGGGGUGCACUGACGGGCAAGGUUCUGUGACACAAGGUGGGAGACCACUUCCAGGUGCUGCCACCCACCCCUGACCCCACUCCAGGUGGGAGGGACAGGUUUUGCCCCCAGAUUUUAAUCCAACGGGUGUCUGCCAGGAUGUCACUCUCCUGGGGAGCAGAUAUUAGUCUGUGGAAUGCUGGGAAAACCACAGGCAUAUUUUACGGUGAUGACACAUUUGCCAACACAUAACUGGGCGGUCAGCUAGCAUACUUUGUGGAAAUUUGGCAAGGUUUUCCAUUUCAGCCCCAUGUUGCAUUGCUGUGGCUGAUGAAUGUGUCAGUCUGCUCAGAGAAAGAACAAAAAUGCUUUGAAAAUCUCCAGAGUCUGGGUGUGUGUAUGACUCUGCCUGUGUGUAUUUUUGCGUCUGUGUAUAGUUAGAGAUGUUCAUUCCAUAUUCAUGCUGUAAGAUUAUUUCAUCUCUGCCCCCUCCCCAGUUGUCAUGCUGUCAUGUCAUCCCAACAUGGAGAAGACUUGAGCUCUCCGACUGGCACGCUUGUCUCUUGUUUGUUGCCUCAUUCUCCAGUGAACUCCACCUGACCAGUUGAUUCAGAAUCAGGCCAGAUUCCCACCCUUUGGGACAUCCCGUGAAAGGCCAAACGGCAAGUCCAAGCGAGUUUUAAACCUCACUCAAUCACCCUUUAUUUUUUACACUUGAGAGUGGUUGUAAUAAAGGCUGUCAUUAAUAAACUUGGUUCCUCCUUA